UUAAGGACACCAGAGCCAGCCCACAUUGACACAGUCUCCACUCGCCCACACAGGGUCCAGAAUGGAGGCUGGGACUGGGCCUCUGCUCUCGACACUGCUGGGGCUGCUGCUCCUGUCCACGCCGGGGACUGGAGGUGCCAACCCCGCCCUUGUGGCCAGGAUCACCGACAAGGGCCUGGAGUACGCGGCCAAGGAGGGGCUGUUGGUUCUGCAGAGAGAGCUGCAGAAGAUCACACUGCCUGACUUCACCGGGGACUUCAAGAUCAAGCACCUAGGCCGUGGGCAUUACGAGUUUCAUAGCCUGGAGGUCCAGAGAUGUGAGCUGCGUGGCUCCUCCCUGAAGCCGCUCCCAGGCCAAGGCCUGAGUCUCGCCAUCUCUGACUCUUCCAUCUGGGUCCGAGGCAAAUGGAAGGCAAGCAAGUCCUUCGUGAAAUUUCGGGGCUCCUUUGACCUGGAUGUCAAGAGUAUCACCAUCUCAGUGGAUCUCCUCCUGGGCAGCGAUCCCUCGGGGCGGCCCACAGUCACCGCCUCCAGGUGCAGCAGCCGUAUCUGUGAUUUGGACGUGGACAUAUCAGGAAAUACAAGGUGGCUACUGAAUCUCUUCCACAACCAGAUCGAGUCCAAGCUCCGAAAAGUAUUAGAGAACAAGGUUUGUGAGCUGAUCCAGGAGUCCGUGACAUCCGACCUGCAGCCUUAUCUCCAAACUCUGCCAGUCACAGCGGAGAUUGACCAUGUCCUGGGCAUUGACUACAGUUUGGUGGAGGCGCCCCGUGCAAUGGCCCAUAUGCUAGAUGUGAUGUUUAAGGGUGAAAUUUUUAAUAGGAAUCAUCGCACCCCGCCUGCCUCCCCAACUCCAGUGAUGAACCUACCUGAAGAUAGUAAACAAAUGGUCUACUUUGCCAUCUCAAAUCACGCCUUCAACAUAGCCAGCCGGGUUUAUCACCAGGCUGGGUACCUGAACUUCUCCAUUACAGAUGACAUGUUACCACCUGACUCCAAAAUCCGGCUGAACACCAAGGCCUUCCGCCCCUUCACACCCCAGAUAACCAGAAGGUACCCCGACAUGAACAUGGAGCUCCGUGGGACAGUGGUCUCUGCCCCACUCCUGAAUAUCAGUCCUGGAAAUCUGUCCUUGGCCCCUCAAAUGGAGAUUGAAGGCUUUGUGCUUCUGCCCAGCUCCGCCCCGGAGUCUGUCUUCCGGCUGAGUGUGGUCACUAAUGUGUUUGCUUCAUUGACCUUCAACAACAGCAAGGUCACCGGGAUGCUGCACCCAGAGAAGGCACAGGUGAAGCUGAUAGACUCCAAAGUCGGCAUGUUCAACGUGAACCUGUUUCAAUCAUUUCUUAACUAUUACCUUCUCAACACACUCUACCCUGAAGUCAAUGAUGAGCUGGCCAAGGGCUUCCCCCUCCCUCUUCCAAGGAAUAUUCGGCUCCACGACCUUGAUCUCCAGAUCCACAAGGACUUCCUAUACUUGGGUGCCAAUGUCCUGUACAUAAGAGUCUGAGGACAAGAAGAGCAAUGGACCCCGGAGACCACAGCUGGACCUGCCAUUUGCAAUUCCAGAUGUGCAGCACAUCUCUGGAGAGUUCCGAAAUACAAAGUUGUUUCUGUUCAUGGCUCCAGUGGACCCUGCCCCUGAAGUCCUCUUCUUUACCCUUUUGACCUGGACUUGACUCUCUCUUCCAGGAGGGGCCCUCUCCCCCGACUGACCUGGAAAAGCCUUAAGAGCAGGCACUGUGGUUUUGAAUUCACCGCCUGAUCUUCAUAUCUGGCAGAAUGCUGGCACUUAGUAGGUCUUCAAUAAAUAUUUAUAGAACAACAUGA